GGCAAAUAUUUUAAAGGAGAGAUUAAGCAAUAAAUAUGGACAAAUUAAUCAAAAUAAUUUAUACACUUAGUACUUAACCCGUCUCUAAUCUUCGUGUUUAAAUUAUUGUGAUAAAGUCGCUCAUUCACCUAAUCAACUGCUAAAAAAGCGUGCCAAGAAAGUUUGUUGCAUUUAAAGAAAACAAAGGAGGUACAAAGUAAAUGGUUUGUUUGUAAAUAAGGUUUCAUUUGUGUUACCAAGUGAGAAGUGACACAUUCAUGAUCAAGUGGACUUAAGUAUUGACCCUUCGGUUGGUAUUGAGCUGCUUACAGACUUACAGAGUGCAAUAUGGUCACUAAUUAGUCUUCAAUAGGACCGCAAAAACCUGGUUUAAAUUGCUUUUUUUUUUUUUUUGCUUUUUUUUUUCUUUUUGGGUUGAUUUAAAACUUAAAUUGCUCCAAAUCACUAAAAUUAUGCAAUUUAUUAAAUGCUUAAACAUGCAUUGGGUGCCAAAUAGCAGCAAUUCUAUGCAAUUAUAGUAUUAUUCAACAGACCGUACCUGUAAGAAUCACCAUUUAUGUGCAGGAAAGGUGGUACAACUAUAUGCAGUCCAUGAGUACGAAGUAUUUCAGUUAGCAUCAGUUUUAGACUAAAUCACUCAAAAUCGCCCUAGGAUCCAUUGAUCUGAGUCCAAAAAGCUUCCUUAUUCAAUCAAUGUUAUGACUUGGAUACACAGUUGGAGAAAGGUAUGCCAUAGUGCUUGUUAUGCCUUUAUUUACUGUUAGGCACAAUAAUAUAAUACUGAUUUGCGAAUAGCACAAGGAUUAGGAUGAUAAUUAGAGAUGAGAACAUUUCCAACAGUGUUACAUAUAGCACACUUGCAUCAAAAGGAAAUAAUUAUGCAUGCAUAUCAGGAUUCCUUUCCCUUAUCAAUAAAAUGUCAACCUAAAUCUUCAUUCCGUACUGAUAAAAAGUAAAAACUGAAAGUAAAUCAUACCUUAUCAGCUUCAGAUUUUUCUCACUUUUCUAUAGCAGAGAGCCAGAAAGUUGAGAAGGUAAAAGUAUAACAUUCUGGAUAGACCUCACUACUCUCAUCAGAUUCCUCCAAUCACAGCUGUUAGACUAACAGUACUUACAAUUUUAAAACGAAAAAAGGCAGAAAAAAAUAAGAAGCCAAAGCAGCUUCUGAUUUCCUCAUAUCUCGAAAAUAUCUGUAACAACUUGAACUGAAAGGCCAUUUUUCAGGAAUCUAUUCUUCAGUGAGGGAAAUGCUGAACUGUCUGAAGAACAAAACUUAGCAUAAAAAAAAGUGUCAUUUUGCCCACAGGAAAAUACCAUAGACACUGCUGUACUUUCAUAGAAAUCAUUACACGUUUCCAUCGCCACAUUCCUAGUUGAUUCUCAAGCAAAUGUGAGGCACAAAAACAGACUUGCCGACCAUUGUAAACAGCAGCAUAGGAAUAUUAGCCACAAAUCAAAUCAAAAUUUUAUCCAGACAAUGAUUCAGAAUAAUCCUGAACAGUUAACAGAGCUUUGUCUUAACUCACUCGCCUAAAAUGACAGCUAUAAAUAGAUCCUCAAGGAAGCACAAGUCCUGCAAAGUAAAACUAGCACAAGAAACAAUUUCUAAAACAACCAUCAACAUUUUACAAUUUACAAGGUUCAGGUAGCAGCAAUGGAGGUUGUGAGGCAGCUAGCCAAUGAAAAGCCACUAGUGAUCUUCAGCAAAAGCACUUGCUGUGUUUCUCACUCAAUGAAGCAGCUUAUGAGCAGCUAUGGAGCCAAUGCAACAGUAUAUGAGCUUGAUGAAAUGCCAAAUGGGAAAGAAAUCGAGAAGGGUCUCCUGAGCAUGGGAAUUAAGCCAAGUGUCCCUGCUAUUUUUAUCGGCCAAAAGUUUGUUGGCGGUUCAAAUGAAAUCCUUAGCCUCCAAAUCCAAGGGAAACUGGUGCCUAUGCUCAUAGAAGCAGGAGCCAUAUGGGUUUGGAAUAAAACAUCCACUAAGUAGAUCUUAGUUUAAAGACAUAUUAUUCUGAAUCUCUUUCUUUUAUAUGAGAUGAAGAUAUUAAUUGAACAAUAUAGAACAAUGCCAGUAAUAGAAUCACUUUCAGUUGUAA